CUCAGAGAGAGAGGGAGAGAGAGAGAGAGAGAGAGGGGAGGGAGGAGAGAGAGAAAACCAGCAGGCAUGCGUUAGAUGAAGUCAGAGUGGGAGUGGAGAGAGGGGGUGAGUGUAUGUGGUGCCAGAAAGAGAGGAGAGCUAGGCAAUGAGAGAGCUUGAGGGAGAUGAUAGAGUGGGAGUGACAGAGUGCGAGAUAAUGGAGGUGCAGUCUGAGUGUGCAGAUCCUCCUGUGGUCCCUCAGUGUGACCCCCAGCCAACGGGGAAGAUCAACAAAGCUGCCUUCAAACUCUUUGGAAAGCGACGUACUGGCUCCGGAGUGGCCAGCUUCUUCUCCUUCAGGAACAAAGGGGCCACAAGCAACAAUGGAAAUUCUGACAAUGGGAAUUCUUUGAAUGGAAAUGGCUCAACAACAGACGUGGAGCUUAUCAGGAGCAAAACCUAUGACGGACUUACAAACUCCAACAAUGAUACCGAUGGACAGCGAGGGGAAGGGCUUGCCAGCCAGGAGGCUGGACCGGUGAGGUCUCUCAGCAAAUCGCUGAGUUUCUUCUCUCUCCUCCGACGCGGAAGUUUUAGGUCGGGUGAAAAUGGAGGAUCAGGACUUGUCAGAAGAGGGAGGGGCCUCAAGGGAUUUUUUAGCAGCAUGCGAUGGAGACGCAAAACAAAUGAUGGAGACGGGGAAGAGGUGGAAGCUAACAAAGAGCAGGAUGGGGAUAGUACCAGCUCUGAAAAGGCGAAGGAUAUCACUCUCACCCUUGAACCACCUCCACAUCAUCACCCAGAGGAUUGUGGGAAGACGGAGGCAGAACCAAACCUCCAAGCAACAGAGACUCCUAUUACUCGUGUUACCCUGACACCUUCACACUGUGUUGUCAUGACAGGACCAUCUGUUGAGCCAGACCCCCCCUUUCCUUACACACCCACUGACUCGCCACUGCACCCUACUAUUCAAAAAGCCAAAGCCUCAGUUUCCAGCCUCUCCCCUUCCCUCGCUACGCCUCCAUUGGAUCGCUGCAGCACGGGUGACCCACCCUCAGAACCGUCCGUGGACAGACUAUGUUCUCUCCUCUUCACUGACGUCACAUCCCUCAAAAGCUUCGAUUCACUGACGGGCUGUGGUGACAUUAUUGCCGAUGCAGACGACGAGGGAGCAGCAGGUAAUGGGGGCAGUGGCACGAGCAGCAGCAGCAGUGGAGGAGGAGGAGGGGGUAGUGUGGGAGCAGGUGUUGGGAGAGUUGUUGGUAUCACCGGCGCCACAUCCUGUGUAUCCCCGUCCAAACCGCCUCUACCCUCCCAGCUGACCCAGCACAUGUUCUCUGUUUCCUCAAGCUCAGUGCCUGUCUCCCUCCCAGCCCGGGCUCGGGCGCCGCCUCCACCACAGCAGCACCCAGCUGGUAGUGGUGUGGUGGCUUAUAUGGGUGGAGGGGAAGAAAUGGCGAGUCCAGAGGGAGUGGACGAUGCAGACAUGCAGGGGCUGUGGCACAUGCUGCCCUCCACCGGGGACAACUCUCCCGCUUUGCCCCGAUCACACCAACCUCCCUCCACCACCCCCACAUCCACUUUCCCCCCUCAUACCAACCCCUCAAGCAGCCACUUCCCUCUAGCUUCCAGAAGUUCAGACCGAAAGGUCAAGGCACUGGGACUCAGUAAGAUUCCAAUAGUUGGCGCGGCGGGAAGUCGACCGGCUAAAUCUGCCCACCCUCACACACGUGGUCGUCAUCCAACGUCACCCGGAGAUAAAGAGCUGCUCAGUGACGAGGGCUACUGUGACACACCCUCAGCGACACCCACGGCAACACCUGAUGAAAGCGGGCUACAGCGUAACCAGAAGAUGGCUCUGUCACGUGACAGCUACUCUGGGGACCAACUGUAUGACCUUUACGAUGACCCCGAGGAGCAAGGGGAUAACGAAGAGCAGGAUGGAGAUGAUGAUCUGAACAGCACCCCGUCUCCAUCUACCGAAUACAAACUAAGCCCCACAUCUCAGACAACUAUUGCUUCCUCCUCUUCCUCUUCCUCGUUCCAAUCACUGAAAGGCAGCACCAGCCUUCCUCGGGAAUCCAAGAUCCCGGUAAGCUGCAGACAAAUGUCACCUCCCUCCUCUGUGAGCCAGUCAGCCCUGUCAUCUGUUCUAGAGGCUGAAUCUCUUCCACCAAAGACUGAAGCGCCUCCCUCAGCUCGCACCAGAAUCCCUGUAUCCAAGGUGCCUGUCCGUCGUUCGGGAAACAAACCUGGCAACAGGGGAUCUGCCCACAAGAAGUAAUUGUUCUCUAUGGAUUCGAACGUGCUGUUUAUGCAGAGCCAACAUUUUUCCCAGACUGGGAAAUAUGUUGAGCCGUGGAGUUAACGGCCCAUAAAUUGUUCUCAAAACUUAAAAGCACCCAUUCCUUUAAUGUUUUCGCUUUUAGCAAAUAGAAAAAAGUGGUUUUGUGCACUUGAGAAAGUCACAAGGAGACUCCAAAAAACUGGGUUAACUCUUCGUGACCCUCACAGGAACUUUGGAGGUUGACCCUUGACAAUCUAUGGACACAUUUGCCUUUUACCUCCCUGGAAAAACCUCCAAACUACUGACACUUGGAUUCAAAAGCAGAAAAGAGAGGACCUUUUUUUUAUUAUUUAAUCUGUCAUAUUUUACUUGAUGAAUUCCACAUGACAUGAUUUAAUUUGUUCAUAAGGACCUAAUUUAAU